AUGAGCGUCAGCUGGGAGCAGUUGCGAGUGGAAGCUCGGCGCCUCGAGGGUGAGGUGGAGCGUAGUCUCAGCGACUUUGCCAAGGCAUGCGCUGCGCUCUCUGGGUCCGCCUUGGGCGUGGUCGAUGCGUCGCGAAGGAACGACCAGGUCGCUCGCGAACUUGAGCGGGUGGAAGCGCUGGAGACGCGCCUACAGGGUUGCUUGCGGCAACUAGAAGAGGUAAACCGGCAGAUGACAACCUUUACACAAGAUGAGCAGGGAAAACCUGCCUUGCUACUGGUUCUGCAGCGGCACCAGGAGGUGCUUGCAGAGUCGCGGAUCGAGUACCGCCGUCUGCGAGCCAGUCUUCGACAAGUCAGAGAGUACUUCGACCUGGUGGGUCCGCGACGAGUGUCGUCGCCAGAGCGGCAGCGUUCACAAACAAAAGCUGGUGGCGGUGCUGGUAGCCUGCCUGGAGCAGCGCCGGACCUGGAACGCGGUCUCCGGAACCUCGAGUCCGAGUCGACGCAUGUUAAUGGAGCACACCAGGCUGUGGAUGCUAGUCUUGGGCAGAGUAUGGCUCUUCGGGAUGAGCUCGUGCGGCAGCGGCAGACGUUUGCGUUGAUGUUCCACCGGAUGACAGCGAUGGCGGAUUCCUUGCCGCAAGUCGGGCGUCUCGUCGCGAAUAUUCGUCGAAGGAAACGCCGCGAUGUGCUUGUAGUGGCCACGGCUGCGGCUUUGCUGUCGCUCCUGACUAUACUGUUGCGAUUGGCGUAG